AUGAGUUUUCUUGGUAGUCUCGGUAAAAAAGCUGUAGAAAAAGCUUAUGAUCUUGCAUCAAAAGUUGAAGGUGGUCGUGAUUAUUUAACAACUGCUGCGAAUACAGUUAAUUCAUUAGUUAAAGGCAAAGAUGCUCGUGUUUAUUUAAAACCUGGUAAUGUAAUACAAUUUAUAUCACGAGCAUCGAAUCGUUCAAUACAAAUUGUUGUUGCAAAAGAAACAAAUGAAUUAAUAUGUGAUGCUAUUGGUGGCACUGGUCCAUUUUUUCCUAAUGCAUAUUGGUUAGUUGUUUGUGGUCAACAUGGUCGAUAUUAUUUUCAUAAUAAUUAUAAUUAUCUUGCAAUAAAAAAUGGUAAAAUUGUUAUUAUUCCAUCAUCAACAAGUGAAAAACCACCUGCAGAAGGAGAAUUUCGUGUACAAGAUGUCUUAGGUUCAGCUCAAGCUAUUUAUCUUGAAUCUGUACAUAUGCCAGGAUAUUUUAUUAGUUUUGAUGAAGAAGGUACACUUGGUGAUGAAAUUAAAACAAAGACAAAAGAAAAAUUUUCACAAUUAGAAAUUCAAUUAAUUGCUUAUGGUCCUGGUAUUCAACCUGAAAAAGAUGAUCAUACAAUUGAAACAUCGAAUGAAGCAUCACCUCCAUCUUAUUGGGCAGCAGCAAAUGCAUCGACAUCACCAGCAUCGAAUGAACAAUCUCACAAUGGCAAUAAUGCUAAAUCACCAUCAUCAUAA